AUGGAGUAUACGUCAUCCCCUAAACCGCAACUUUCGUCGCGGGCCAACGCGUUUUCCAUAGCCGCGCUCAUGUCCAGCGGCAAGCCCAAGGACAAGGAGGCGGAGGAGAGCACCAUCAAGCCCCUCGAGCAGUUCGUGGAGAAGUCGUCCUGUGAACAGCAGCAGGCCCUGGCCUCUCUGGACAUGGCCUCUCUGGACGCGCACGGAGACUUCAGCAGCGGGGGCGCGCCUAGUGUGUGCACGGAGCCGCUCAUCCCCACCAACCCCGGCGUGCCCAGCGAGGAGAUGGCAAAGAUCAGCUGCAGCCUGGAGACCAAGGAGCUGUGGGACAAGUUCCACGAGCUGGGCACCGAGAUGAUCAUCACCAAGUCUGGAAGGAGGAUGUUCCCCACCAUCCGCGUGUCAUUCUCCGGGGUGGAGCAGGACUCUCGGUACAUCGUGCUCAUGGACAUCGUGCCCGUGGACAACAAGCGCUACCGCUACGCCUAUCACCGCUCCUCGUGGCUGGUGGCGGGAAAGGCCGACCCUCCACUUCCGGCCAGGCUGUACGUGCACCCGGACUCACCGUUCACCGGAGAGCAGCUCCUCAAGCAGAUGGUGUCCUUUGAGAAAGUCAAACUCACCAACAACGAGCUGGACCAGCACGGACAUAUCAUCCUGAACUCCAUGCACAAGUACCAGCCCCGGGUCCACAUCAUCAAGAAGAAGGAGCACACGGCGUCGCUGCUCAACCUCAAGUCCGAGGAGUUCCGCACCUUCGUGUUUGUGGAGACGGUCUUCACUGCUGUCACGGCCUAUCAGAACCAGCUGAUCACCAAACUGAAGAUUGACAGUAACCCAUUUGCCAAGGGCUUCCGAGACUCGUCACGGCUCACCGACAUGGAGAGGGAGAGUGUGGAGAACCUGAUCCACAAGCACUCGUACGCGCGCUCCCCCAUCAGGACCUACAGCGGGGACGAGGAGAGUCUGAGCGAGGACAGCCACGCCACACACACUAGAGGUUCCGCGUUCACUGCCUCGGACAACCUGUCGCUGAGCUCCUGGGUCACCACCACCUCGGGCUUCUCUGGCUUCCAGCAUCCCCAGUCCCUGUCAGCCGCCCCCACCCUGCCCCACCCCAUCCAGGGCUCGCUGCCUCCCUACAGCCGCCUGGGCAUGCCCCUGACGCCCACGGCCCUGGCCUCCAGCAUGCAGGCCAGCGGACCCACCUUCCCCUCCUUCCACAUGCCCCGCUACCACCACUACUUCCAGCAAGGGCCCUACGCCGCCAUCCAGGGACUGCGCCACUCCUCCACCGUCAUGACGCCAUUCGUAUGACUCUGAAAACUGAAAACGCGCUUUGUACAUAGAGACGAGAUGCAACGUGAAACAAUAUCGC